CUACGAUUCAGUACAAAUUAAAAAACAAUACAAACGAAAAACGUUAGAAUAUGUUUUGUAGAUCGUGAACAAAUAAUGGUAGACUGUCCAAUACAAGAAAUUUCGUAAAAUCAUUAAAAAGGAAUUAAAUAUGCAGUACUUACACACAGAAUAACUAGCACACGUUAGGUUAUAGUUUUCAUUUCUCAGUACCCAAAAACUUUAAUAAAACAUGUGUUUUCAGUCGUGUCCUCUGGUGGUUUACAGAUUUACUAAAAUCUGGGGCUCUUCCCUGCGGUGGAUAAAGUGAAGCUUUGAAGAAACAACAAUUUUUCGGUCACAAAAACUCUGAUGAAACAAAAUCAGCAUCAAAUUUUCACUCACUAAUACAUCAGACUAAACAGUAUUGGUAGAGAAGAACAAAUUAAAAAAGAAAAAUAUAUUUCACGUACCCUAGCUACGUUUCUAAUAAUAUUAAGAUAAACACAGUGUUUCUCAAGGCGUUGAAGUUCUGAAGAAGAUCGGUGGUAUAAACAAAAAAAGAGAAACUUCAAGUACUUUGAAAAGAUAGCUCUUCAAUGUUCUAUACACAGAAAAGCUCCCUCUGACGGAAUUAUGUAGCAGAUAAACAAAGGAAAAGCAGUUUGAAUUUUAUGGAAUCCUACCAACUCGACAGCAGCCUCCUAUUCUUAGAAAAUCGAAUGCAGGCAGAAUCGUAAGGAAACCAUUCUUUCUGACGCAGUACGACGCUGCCGCGGCCCCGAUUUAUGGGUGGUGAUGGGGCCGUGGCUUUUCGGCAGCUACCCGUUAUUGUCUAUCGGUUGUGCAUUUUCACGUUUUCUUUUCUUGCUCCUGAUAACAAGCAGCUUGAAAAGUGCAGCUGGUUCCUCUUGUCAAGUUAACUUAUGCUCUACCCAGUUUGAACAUGAAAGUCAGUCCCAACCACAAUUGACCAGAACUGAUUCUAAUUAUCACUACUGUACAGUGUUGGCUAGUUAUGCUAACUGCAUUAGAGCUACAGGACGUAGUUGCCGUGGCAAUUUAAAAUUCCAUUCAAUCUCAACUUUAGUGAUGCAGUGGUUCAAUAAUAAAAACUGCUCUCAGAUCAUUGCUAAAGGUGUAGAGUAUCCAAGGAAACAAGUCCCGAAACCCAAGCAAAUGGUGCCAGGAUGCAUGUUUCGAGGCAGUCAUUCUGGUCCAGUGACAUUUAGUCACUGUGGACUAUUUGGAGAUCCGCAUCUAAGAACUUUUUACGAUGAGUUUCAAACUUGCAGGACUUUAGGUGCCUGGCCACUAAUUGAUAAUCCAUAUCUUGCUGUUCAGAUCACUAAUGAACCUGUUUUAAGUGGAUCCAAAGCCUCAGGAACCACAAAAGUAACUGUUUUGGUGCGGGAUCACAGGCCUUGCACCUCCGAGAAAACCUACGAAGCCCAGACCGGUAGUUUGCCCCAGGCGUUUGUUGAUGGCACCAGAGGAAGAAGAGAAGAUGACACUGUAUUUAUUGUCGAGAAGGAACCUGAGCAGCACGUUGAAAUACACGCCCGCCACAUCUCAACUCAUAUAAUCAUCAGACAAGUUGGUAAAUACUUGACUUUUGCCAUAAAAAUACCACAAGAAAUCGCCAGACUGGGUGAGCAAAGUGAAACCUUGCAGCUUUGUGUAAAAGGUUGCCCCCGACGUGAACUUAUAGAUUACAACAAGCUGGUUGGUUCAGCAAUGCCUGUGCAGGAAGCAGUCAACAUGUGUAAAAACUGGAACAUUACAGACUUUUACUUUGAUGCUUGCGUUUUCGAUCUACUAACAACAGGGGACUUGAGCUUCAGUCAGGCGGCCGGUGAGGCUAGAAGAGACGUUCACUAUUUAAACCCCUCCUCAGCCAACGGCGAGAAUCGAACGUACUUGCUACCAGGCACCGUGGGUGCCUCGAACAAUGGAACGCCAGAGAACAGCGCUCCCGGGCGGCCGUUAGUUCUGUUUGCCAUAAUAACAUGUUUGUGGAUUACAUUUUGUAAAGAAUUAAUGUAAGUGUCCUGUGAGCUAUAGUUAAGAUAAAAGUAGUUGCCAUAAAAUAGUGUAAAUAUAUUACAGAAGAAGGAAGGGGGGAAGUGUAUCAACUCAGGACUGAAUCGAAUGUCACGUGACGAUAAGUUUUUAGUCACCUAUAGAAUACGGUGAUAAUCCUCUGAUACGUUUUGUAUUGUUUUCAGUAUUUACUUUUGUUGUGUAUUGCGUUACCCCACCUAGAUAUAUAGAUACAAAAAUGUGAUAUUUAUGACAUCACAAUCUGCGAUAUUAUUAUUUAGCCGAGGCGAAUACGAAUCAUACACGACCACAUCAAUUAUCAUCACGACCAUCAUAACGUGUCAGGUUAUUCAUCAUUAGCCACCUUGUGGUUGUUAUAAGGAAGUGAAGUUAACGGUCAGUAUUAUUAUUAUUAAAGAAUAUCUACAGUGUUUCUUUACAUCGCCCUCAGUUUUCAUUCUAAUAAUAACUUUAAAUAUCAUUGAUGUAAUUUACAGUGGAUUUAAUUGUAUUAUGCAGUCAAUCCCCUAAAGUAAUUAUAUACAACGAGGAACUAAAAGUAGGUUUUUCUGAAGUAAAAUUUUUAAUUAUAUUUUGUCAAGAUAUUUAUCAGUUCUCUUGAAUUACAACUCGAUUUAACUUAAUAUUUAUAUUCUCAUAACUUUGUAAAUAUCACUACGACCCCGGAAUACAUUUGGUAUCAAUCAAGAACUACAUUACCAAAAUGUUCACCGAGGUUUCGGUGGGAUAUCCAAGUACAUUCAGCGCAUUGUGUUCUUAUCUAAAACCGUAUCAACCAAGGUGUGUACGACCUCUGAUCCACCUUCAAUGCCAUAUCUUUCAUAUCGGAAUUCAGAACCUACACCUAGACGUUCAGAUACUUCAAAAGCUUUACGAUACAAAAUAAUCACACAAAUUGCAAGUUACACAUUCUGUUACGUCUUAUUCAAGAAUAAUCGUUCUACGAAUACUUAACCUAAACUUCAGUAUUGUAGUAUAAAAGCAAAACAGAAAUAAUACUCUGUCCAUCUUCUCCUCAUUAUUAUAUCUGCAGCUCAAAAGGUGAUCUAAAUAUUUUUAUAGGAAUUAAUAAAAACCCUAUAACUCGAGCGCUUUCGAAAGGUGGACCUUUCCUCUUCAGGGACAAACUGGGAAAUAUUUUUAUUGUAUUAUUCAUCCCCUUUUGUAUAUUUUUCUCUUGUCUUCUGAGGUACCCACGUUAUUUUCUUUUUUACUUACCACCACAUUCUUGUAUGCCCAACACUACCUUGAACGUUCUGAACCCCCUUUCCCUGGUGUUUAUCGACAUAAUUAGUUUAUGCUAUUCUUUGCGGUAGUGAACAUUUUUGGCUGAAGAGUUGCCAGAAUAUGCACCAGCUCCAAAAAAUUUAGUUUAAACCCUAGUGGUGGAUUUAAUUUUUUGUGUGCACAGUUUUUGUAUGUUAGUAAAUGAUAAGGUAACUAACCCGUCCGUGCGGCCAGCUACUAUCUACUCCGAGGUUAUUGAUCACCGGUGUUCACAUACAUGGUCGUUCGGCAUCUCCUGUUGGGCGUCAACGCACACCUUUGGUUACCUGCACACACGCUAGUCGAGAGUACGAGCUUCCCCUACCCUACGUUGUAAUGGUUUAGUCCCAAUUGUGGGGUACAACAGCUGGGGUCCAUCGUAGUAAGGAGCGUGGCGGCGAAUGAUUCACGGCUGGUGAGGGUCGUGCCCUGUAAAAAUACCGUCGUGUAAACCAAGUACUUGUCCUUAACGUGUUACAAACAGGCUUUAACCAUCUUAGAGUGUGUUUUCUAACACGCCCGUGUCUUCUGCCUUGGGGGGGGGGGCAGAGCGAAAUAAUUCUUUAUUGAUUGCAGUUCAAAUGAUAACAGUAUGUAUAAAAAAAGCUUAAGUAACGAACAGUUCAAAACAAAUAUAUCAGCCAUAUGUAUUUGUGUAUGUACGUAUGUAUGCGUGUAUAUAUAUAUAUAUUCGGAAAGAGGUCGAUGUCUCUGUUACCGACUUAAGUUCGUACACUUUGAUCAGUGAGUUCAAUGAAAUUAAAAUAUAGUGUUUUUAGUUUAACAAAGGCUAUUAAGCAUUAUAUAUUACAUUACUACAUAAAUAUUGUAGUUUCAAAGUUACAAUGCUAUUGUUAGUCACUUGUUUUCAUCUCGCCUCGGCUUUCUUGUGCCAUGAGACUCAGCGUUUAGUGGUAUAUGAAACUAUCCUGUGUUAUCAAAGUGUACGUGCCUGUAAUAUGGUGAUCUUCUCACACAUAUAGGAAAAAAGAAAUCAUUUUGUGUCCCAGUUAAAAACAAACGGUGUUUUAAUAAAUAGAAAUUGAUGAUAUAAAAACGUGGUUUAGACAGAGUAUUUUACGUGUCACAUUAUACAUAGAUUGUAACAUGUGAACAUCAGAACUUAAUGGUUAUAAUGAGCUUGGGUUUGUUUCUAGUGUCGAAAACACUUUACAGAAUAACACAUUUAAACGGUACGUUUAUUUAAGUUUUUGCUGUUAAAAGUAGAAAUGUUUUGAUGUCUUUCAGCCGUUACCACCUGUUGUAGAACGUAUGUAGACGUGUUGUAAUUUUCUGUAUAUUUGUAGAUCUUCUGUCAACAUCGGGUAUAUAUGUAAUAUUUCUUGAUGUUGUAAAUUUUGAGACUAAAUGUAGCAAACUUUUUAUCUGCUAGUGUACUUUUAUGUAUAUUUAUAAAUUAUUUAGAUCAAUGUUUGCAAAUGUAACACUGGAUUUAAAUAUUCUAAGAUUUUAUCAAAAUAAAACUAUGUAUUGUGAAA